GCGCUGCCCAGGCCCUGCCCGAGUGUGGGGGGAGCCGUUGGCCCCGGGGGGGUGGGGGACCAAGGGGGAAAAUCAGCACGCGGAACCGGGCCAGGGCAGUCCACUCCCGCCACAAUGGCCUCUGGGGUGGAAGUCUUGCGUUUCCAGCUGCCUGGCCACGAGGCCGCCACGCUGCGGAACAUGAACCAGCUCCGCGCCGAGGAGCGGUUCUGCGAUGUGACCAUCGUGGCCGACAGCCUCAAAUUCCGCGGCCACAAGGUCAUCCUGGCCGCCUGCUCCCCGUUCCUCCGGGACCAGUUCCUGCUGAACCCCAGCUCGGAGCUGCAGGUCUCGCUGAUGCACAGCGCACGCAUUGUGGCCGACCUGCUCCUCUCCUGCUACACGGGCGCCCUGGAGUUCGCCGUCAGGGACAUCGUGAACUACCUGACGGCCGCCUCCUACCUGCAAAUGGAGCACGUGGUGGAGAAAUGCCGUAACGCCCUCAGCCAGUUCAUUGAGCCCAAAAUCGGCCUCAAAGAGGAUGGGGUCAGCGAGGCCAGCCUCGUGAGCAGUGUCAGUACCGCCAAGUCCCUCCUCCCUCCAGCCAGGACCCCAAAGCCAGCCCCCAAGCCUCCACCCCCGCCUCCUCUGCCUCCUCCGCUCCUGCGCCCCGUGAAGCUGGAGUUUCCUCUGGACGAGGACCUAGAGCUGAAGGCGGAGGACGAGGACGAGGACGAGGACGAGGAUGUGUCUGACAUCUGCAUCGUCAAGGUGGAGUCUGCGCUCGAAGUGGCCCACAGGCUCAAGCCCCCUGGAGGCCUGGCAGGGGGCCUGGGCAUCGGGGCCUCUGUGAGCAGCCACUUGGGGGAGCUGGCCCAGAGUAGCGUGGCCCCCAACACUGUCGCCCCGCCGCAAGGUGUGGUGAAGGCCUGCUACAGCCUGUCUGAGGACGCCGAAGGGGAAGGCCUCUUGCUGAUCCCAGGAGGCCGGGCCAGCGUGGGGGCCACCUCGGGCCUAGUGGAAGCAGCAGCGGUGGCCAUGGCUGCCCGGGGGGCGGGGGGCAGUCUGGGGGCAGGGGGCAGCCGGGGACCCCUGCCUGGGGGCUUCUCAGGUGGAAACCCUCUAAAGAACAUCAAAUGCACCAAGUGCCCCGAGGUGUUCCAGGGUGUGGAGAAGCUGGUCUUCCACAUGCGCGCGCAGCAUUUCAUCUUCAUGUGCCCGCGCUGCGGGAAGCAGUUCAACCACAGCAGCAACCUGAACCGCCACAUGAACGUGCACCGCGGCGUCAAGUCGCACUCGUGUGGCAUCUGUGGCAAGUGCUUCACGCAGAAGUCCACGCUGCACGACCACCUCAACCUGCACUCGGGAGCGCGGCCCUACCGCUGCUCCUACUGUGACGUGCGCUUCGCCCACAAGCCAGCCAUCAGGCGGCAUCUCAAGGAGCAGCAUGGCAAGACCACGGCCGAGAACGUGCUGGAGGCUGGCGUGGCCGAGAUCAACGUCCUCAUCCGCUGAGGGGCCCGGAGGAUGGGGGGGCGGGGUCCUGGGGCAGGCACACACACAUCUGGAGGGAGGAAGAUUGCAGAGAAGACCUCGCCUCAAAGAGCAGAAGAGAAACGAAAAUGGAGCCGGAGACAGGGUUGACGAGGCUGGGGGAAUGUGGGGUCCCAAAGAGAGGUUUCUUUUUUGGGGGGGAGCAGAGGCUGAGAGUUUGGAGAACAGCUCUUUCCUGGCUGAAGUCGCCUGGGGGGAGAUUGGGGUUCCUUGAGGUGGGGUGGGGGUGGGCACUGUGGGGGAUCGGCGGGAUGCACCUUUCUCGCUCCUGUUUAGAGUAGAUGACCGGGAAGAGGGAGUCGUAGGGGGAGACAGGUCUGAAGUCCCAGAAAAGGAAGGGGAGGAGGUUCUUGCAUGCUGGGGAAGUGGGCAGUAGGUUCAAGGCUCGCCGGAAACGACAGCAAGUGUCGUGUGCCAGGUAAGAGAAGAGGGUGGGCAGCCUGGGUAGGUGAGAGACAGGGGGUACAAUACAGGAACUGGGUAGUGAAGGGUGGGGGGCAGGGCACUUAGGAAAAAGAACGCAGGGAAGGCUGUUGGGAGGGAGGGGUAGAGACUUAUACAGUAUUUUUUAAGAAAUCGUAUUUUUUAGGAUUUUUUCUGGAGUUUGGGGUUUUAGUUUUUCUUUGUUUUCCAC